UCUCUUCGUAACAUAAUAAACCAUUCAGAGAGAGAAAAAAAACUUGUUGUUUAAAAAAAAAGAAAGAAAGAAAGAAGUUGAUAAAGAAGCCGAGGGGCUCCAAUAAGGGCUCCACAGACGUUUUACAAGAUGGCCAAUACUAAUGGCAUAUGUCUAGUGAUGGUCAUCUUGGCAGUUUAUGCCAUGGCUGCUUCUAAUGUAUCAGCCCAAUACACUCACUAUCCAUCCCCUCCGCCUCCUCCGUAUGUUUACAGUUCGCCACCUCCUCCCCCGUAUAUGUAUAAGUCUCCUCCACCUCCUCCGUAUGUAUACAGUUCGCCACCACCUCCCCCUUACAUCUACAAAUCUCCACCUCCUCCUCCGUAUAUGUAUAAGUCUCCACCACCCCCUCCUUAUAUUUACAAAUCUCCACCUCCUCCUCCGUAUAUAUAUAAGUCUCCACCACCACCACCUUAUAUUUACAAAUCUCCACCUCCUCCUCCAUACGUAUACAGCUCUCCACCACCGCCUCCUUAUGUAUAUAAAUCUCCUCCUCCACCACCAUAUGUAUACAAAUCCCCGCCUCCUCCACCAUACGUUUACAGUUCUCCACCACCACCUCCGUAUGUAUACAAAUCUCCUCCACCACCACCAUACGUCUACAAUUCACCACCACCACCUCCAUAUGUAUACAAAUCUCCUCCUCCACCCCCAUAUGUCUAUAGUUCACCACCUCCUCCUCCUUAUGUUUACAAAUCUUCUCCUCCACCUCCAUACGUUUAUAGCUCUCCACCACCUCCUCCUUACGUUUACAAGUCCCCACCUCCUCCACCAUAUGUCUACAGUUCACCACCUCCUCCUCCAUACGUUUACAAGUCUCCUCCUCCUCCUCCAUAUGUAUACAAAUCUCCUCCUCCACCCCCAUACAUCUAUAGCUCACCACCUCCUCCUUACGUUUACAAGUCCCCACCUCCUCCACCAUACGUCUACAGCUCACCACCUCCUCCUCCUUACGUUUAUAAGUCUCCACCUCCUCCUCCUCCUUAUGUCUACAAAUCUCCUCCUCCACCGCCAUACGUCUAUAGUUCUCCACCACAUCCUCCAUAUCUUUAUAAAUCUCCUCCUCCACCGCCAUACGUCUAUAGCUCACCACCGCCUCCUCCUUACAUGUAUAAGUCUCCUCCCCCUCCUCCCUACAUUUACAAGUCUCCGCCGCCACCUCCAGUCUAUACCUAUAGCUCUCCUCCUCCUCCUCCUCCUCCUCCUCCUCCAAUUUACUAAACAUACAUACCCUCCAUGUAAGUCUUUUCCGUUUCAAAGGAAUAAUGUUUUACCGAACACCGUUUUCGUUAUGGACCAAAGCACUGUACUACUUGUCACGUGAAUCAAGAACGUUCUUGUCCGUGUGUAAUUUAUACGUUUACUUCUCGUUUGAGAAUUUGUUGUUACUCUCCAUUUAUACAUUACCAAUGUUCAAGUCGUGGUGUGUUAAAUAAAUCCAAUAAUCUUAUAUAUUGAAUUGGUUGAAA